GCCAAAGCGGAAAUUACGUUCCGUUCGUUUCCGGUCUUCUUAAAAAGCAUGGCAAACUUAGAGCAUGCAGAAGACGAGCCGAAACAUAUAGAAAUGUCUAGUAAAAUAUCUGCCACCAGUGCUGAAGAACCGACCGAAGAGUCUCUUGUACCGGGAAGAGAUGCCGGCGCGGUCUCGUGCUCUAUCCCCUCGUUCGCAGCCGCCUCCGAGCUGCUGUCAGCGCCAUACUCGUGUCUGGUCAUGAACACGCACCGGAGACACAUUGCCCUGCCGCCCAUCUACCUGAACAAGAAGAGGACAGGUAUACAGGAGGAGCUGGAGGCCGAGCUGCUCAAGUUCUCCCAGAGUCUGAAGGGAGUACCCCUGGCUUACGAUAACAUCAGGAUAGUGAGCCAGCAUGGAGGAAUCUACGACGACAGCAGCUACAUCCACAUGGACAUAGAGGCCCACUUUAUUGUUUUUCAGCCCCAACGAGGACAGACAUUGUUGGGUAACGUGAAUAAACUAGGAGUAAGCCAUGUGGGCUGCCUGGUGCACGGCUGCUUCAACGCCAGCAUCCCAAAACCCAACCUGGUUUCUGUGGAAACCUGGCGGGACGCAGGGCCAAGAAUCGGAGCAGAGCUAAAGUUUGAGGUGACUGCACUUGACGCUGACACUGCGGGGGUGCUGCUGAUCAGAGGACGGCUGGACAGGACCAGGGUACAAGAGCUGCUCGCUAUGGGUGAGAGCUCGGAUUUUGGCGUCCCUGCAGACGAGCCAGAACUAGCAGAGACAGAACCGAACCCAGAGCCCUCCGAGGAAUCUCUUGCAGACACCCCAAAGAAGAAGAAGAAAAAGAAGAAAGAUAAAGAGGAGAAUGGAGAAGUGGAGGUGACGAGCACACCCUCCUGCCAGUUGGAUGGAAACACUGGACCAGAUCUGAACGGAACAUUGAGUGAUGCAAAUGGCAAUGAAGCUGGUGAGAAAAAGAAGAAGAAAAGGAAGAAGGAAAAACGUGUUAAGGAGGAGGAGGAGGAGGUGGCCAUCUCUCCAAUGGAAGUCCACGCCAGUGACUCCAGCGGUUACCUUAGUGACAAGUCAAGCAAAAAGAGGAGACAUGAAACUGGUACAGAUGUCACAAGAUCCAGUUUAAGUGAAGCUUCUGAACCACCAAAAUCGAAGAAGAGGAGGAAAAGUGACAUUGAGUAGUUUGCCUAAAUAAUGGGUUAUAUUCUCUAUUCUGUUUGGAAAUGUGUGUAAUAAUUAAGGCAAUACAAAAUGAAUGACAACAAGGGUUCUGUAGGAACACACGGACGUGCCUUAACAAUUAAACACAAGUUUUCUUGCAAGCAAGAUUUCUGGUGGGUUCUUCUGAGCUCCUCUUAAAUCAUUUAAAGAGUGUCAGACUUGAGCAAGGAGCCUUUCUACAGUCACAUGUUGUAGCCUGUGGAAAAGCACGAGAGGAUAGAAUGAGUCCUUGUUGGAUUGUAACUUCCUUAAACAACCUGAUGGGGGAGCAAAACUGCUUCAUACAUCCACACUGGGACAAAAACACAGGAAAGUCAAUAAGCCAGCCAGUAUUUGGGGAACAAAACAAAUGGAUAUUACUGCUCUGUACCUGUUGUGGUACAUUUUCUCCUGAAUAUUGAAGAAGGCCGGCUAGACAACUGAGACUGCUGAGCUCAGUUACGGUAACUUCUCUUUUCUCUUGCCUCAUGUGCCUCUUUGAAAAUAUUGUCUUGAUAAUAAGCUGCAACGGAGGGAGAACCUUACAUUAUUUUGUUUUUACUCCCAAAUACUCACUCGGCUUCCUAGAAACACAGCGUGCAUAAACUGUGCAGUAAUGAAUUAUUUGUGCCGUUUCACUGCCUGCCUUCAGUGUUGAAUUGACUGUUGAAUUGAUUAAUCUGUUUUAAUGAAUGGAAGCCAACAGAAAUGGACAUUGAAUAUUCCGUUUUCAUCCCAAUUAAAAAGCUCUAGAUUUUGAAAUGUU